AACAUGUCUUGGUCGUGGCAUGAAUAAAAAACAUGUCUCAUGUAAGUAAAAUAAUAAAUAAUUAGAUGGUGAUGAAGGUGAAAGUGACGUGGUGACUAGUAGACAUGAUUAUCUUACGGCGAUCCACCGUAUGCUGUUUCCUCCCGUGAUUCGAUUUUGCUUUUUAUAAUAAUUCUCCAAAUCUCACGCUCCCCUUUAUAAAUACACCAUCUCUAUUAUUAUUACAUCUCUCUCUCUUCUCUCUUUGUCAAAGUUAGCUUCUCUGCAAACCAACUUCAACGCAUAAACGAAGAACAAAGACUCAAAAGAAAAAAAAAAGAUAAGAGAGGCUUCCCUAUUCUCUCGAAGAUUCGAAAAUUUAAAGAAUGGAUGUCGCGGGUGGCUAAAUCUCCUUUACUAGUAUCCCCUUUAAUGAUACAGAGAUGUGUCUGACAAGAAACAACAUUAAUUAUACUAACAUCUCUAGAAACGUAGCCAUUGGUAUGGAAUAUGAAGCUGGACAUCAUCAUCAUUCAUCGUUGGUCACUUCAAUAGUCUUCUUCUCAUCCAAUUUGUUUAUUCCUUUGUCUUUGAAAAUCCCUAUACGUGACGGAUUUCACGAGAUUCUUCAGUAACAUUUUCAUACACCAAACCUUCACUUUAGAUAGAAAUUUAUAUUCAAGAUUAGUUCAAAACAUGGAGGCUCUUGUAAGUGGGAAGAAAAGGAUUAUAAAUCUUGAUUCACGGCUCUUGUCUGAGCCUUUGAUCCCUGGAUUGUCUGAUGACGUGGCAAAACUCUGUCUGGCGCUUGUUCCGCGUGCUAGCUUACCUUCAAUGGGACGUGUCUGUAAGAAAUGGAGGUAUGUCGUUCAGAGCAGAGAGUUUAUUACUGUGAGAAAGCUCGCUGGUAUUCUUCAGGAGUGGCUUUAUGUCUUAACUAUGGAUGCUGGAGGGAAAGAGAGCCACUGGGAGGUGAUGAACUGUCUAGGACACAAGCUCUCAUCUCUUCCACCGAUGCCUGGUCCUGUUAAGACAGGGUUUAAGGUUGUUGUGGUUGAUGGGAAGCUUCUUGUUAUUGCUGGUUGUGCUAUGAUCAAUGGUUCUCAUGUUGCUUCUUCUGAUGUUUAUCAGUUUGAUACUUGCCUCAACAGCUGGAGUAGACUAGCUGAUCUGAAGGAGGCGCGCUAUGACUUUGCUUGCGCUGAGGUGAAUGGACUUGUUUAUGUGGUGGGAGGUCACGGUGGAGAUGGUGAGAGUCUGUCUAGUGCUGAGGUUUACGAUCCAGAGACGGGGGUUUGGAGUUUCAUAGAGUCUCUGAGGCGUCCUAGAUGGGGAUGUUUCGCUAGCGGCUUCAACGGGAAGCUCUACGUGAUGGGUGGGAGAUCAAACUUCACUAUUGGUAACUCAAAACUUGUUGAUGUCUACAGCCCUAAGUGUGGCUCCUGGUGUGGCAGCAAAAAUGGUGUAACUAUGGUCACAGCUCAUGCUGAAGUAGGAAAAAAGCUAUUCUGUAUCGAAUGGAAGAACCAGAGGAAGAUGUCUGUAUUCAAUGCAGAAGACGAUACUUGGGAAGUUGUGGCUCUACCGCUUUCAGGAAGCUCGAGAGCCGGGUUUCAGUUUGGUAAGCUGAGUGGGAAGCUUCUGCUUUUUCCGUCUCAAGAAGAGACUGGUCACAACACUUUGCUGUAUGACCCGGAUGCUACACCAGGAAGGCAGUGGAAAACAUCUGAGAUAAAACUGUCUGGUUCCUGUGUCUGCAGCGUUACAAUCAUAGCCUGAUUGAUGAUGAUAUUAUUGAUACCAUUGUUGUUACAUUUUAUCCAUGAUCCAAACUCAAAAGAGAAUAUUGAGUUAAUCACUGAUCUUAGAUACAGUUUGAAUAAAGUGGUGUGUGUGUCUGUGUAUGCAUGUGUGUUUUGAUUGAUACAGUUUGUUCCUUGUAACAUAUAUGUUUUGAAGUUUUUUUUUUUGAUGCAAUGUGCGUUUGAUUUGUGAAGGCUAUUUCUUCAAGACGAUAGUUAUUUAUGUGUGUUCUUAAAACGAUGUUAGAGGCAAACAGUAUAUUGUCUUUUGCUUUUGAUUCAUGCAUUGUGCUUUUCCUUUC